GAGUGGUUGUGUUGGUGGCGUGUCCGGUCAUAGUAUUUAAGUCAUCGUGAUAAGGUUUGAGCUAGUGACAGCAUGAGGGUGGAAGAUUGACAGGCAGGAUGACAGGUGGGACAGAGAAAAACGGGUAUGAACUCGAAGGUCAUUGGAUCUGACCGGGGGCCAGAUAGCCAUACGAUCUACUUGGUCCAAUAUAAAGUUCACGACAACCCCAAAUACUUGCACUCUGAAAUAUCGGUUGGCAAGAAGCUGAGUACAAAUACAAUUGAUAUGUCAUCAGAAAAAAAAAACGCAAAAUAGAGACCCCUUUGACGGAGCCUGCUAAGGAGGCUAUGCGUCAAACGACAGGAUGUUAUCGUCUGAGAAAACGUGCGUGCUGUGGGGCUGACAGCUAGCCGUGGGUAGGCAGCCUGUGUGGCGUGAGUCCUCCAUCUUGUAGCAAUGUUAUUUUGCGAGGACUUCGUGCCGAGCCUUCUCGCCAGCGGCCGCCCUCCCAAGCUCGCCCCUUUCUCCGACAGCGUCGGCCAAGCGAACCGCUGGCUGGGCGAACACCCGGAAGUGCUGGUUCAGACGUGCGAGACGAUCCGCGCGCCAUUCUCCCCACAACAUGGCGAAUACUGCGACACCCAGGUCAUGUCAUACCCAGCCGGGAAACCUAAGGACGUCUCACGGUUCUCACUUCGUGGUCUGAGAAUCUGGUACCAGAAACAGCCUGAACACGAGAAGCAUCCUUCAAAACCGCCUCAGGUCACUUCAAUUGAUGUUCUGCCUAGGGAUUAUGGUGACAAGGUGGAGACCUUCCAAGAUGUCCUGACCCGCAUGAAUGGUCUGAUAGCAGAGAAGAAGGGACAACAGCUCCUGAACAUACAAACUCUAGCCAUUCCAGGGGACCAGAAGGAAGUGGAGUCUGAAGAAACUGUAUUGCCUAUUCUGACGCCGACUAAGUUGGUGCGGUUCCUUCGAGCAUACCUGAUAUCGGUAGAAGGAUCGCUGCCUCCUCCCAACGUCCAGUUCCAAGACUUCCUCCCACAGCAAGUAGCUGCUGGAAAGGUGUCCACCUUUUCCACCAAGUUACCCUCAUUCGAAACUCUGUCCGAAACAUUCGCAAAGGCAAACAAGUGGCUACAGGCUUGUCCUGAUGUUAACCUGAUUAAUGUGGAGGUUUUUGAGGUCUCACUGGACAAAGAGGCUUCAUACUGUGCAAGUGACCCUCAAACGUGUUUCUUCCUUACUAACAAGCCUCCGUUUGGAUGGUUGAAAGUUGUUCGUAUUUACUACAGCACCAAACAAGGAAGUGCCCCAGUUGGCAAACUGGUUGAUCUGUCAUUCUGUCCUGAAGUGAAGGAGAAGAAAAGCCUGUUGCACUAUGCACAGUAUGAAGGAUUACCUGAAGUAGUAAAGAAGGUGCAGUUGAAGUGUGAUGAGUUGGGAGGGGUGCCUGUAGGGGUACAAUCUGUCUGGACUUAUCCAGACUGGGAGAGUGGCGAGGAUGUGUUUCAGCCCAACACUAGCUUACACCUGGAGCCACGCCUGGAUGGCACAGAGCACCUGCCACAAGUGGAAACCAUCCAUGUGUGCAUGAUUGUGAAGUAGGCCACAUAGAGUUGGUUUUAGGAUGAUCAUUCUACAUCUUUGAAUGACUUGCUUGGUGGAAGCUAGUGUUUUAUAAGGUCGCUGGUUACCACGGUAGCCAGCAACAUUCAUUAGGGAGUGGGCGAAAACUACAGAGGAUGGCACCCAGGCAUAAGUGUAUUAUGCCGAAGGGCAGUUAUACCGGCUAUACAGAUACAGACAGAUUCAGGUAGCGGCUGUGGGAGUGGACGUUAACUAACUAGGAUGGUACCCAGGCUACACAUUUUGAUGAUUGAUUCAGCAAGCUAAAUCACAUAAUCUAUAUAUCCAUGUAUAUUCAAAAAUAUAUAUCUAU